AUGAAGAAAACCUUCAGUUUUCUAAAUAGGAAUUAUAAAGAAAAUAAUAAUUAAUAUAAUAAGAUAUUGAUUAAUAGGAAUUAACAUAAAUAAGAAUUGAAGAAAUAAGAAUUAGUAUAAUUGAACUUUAAGGUAAAAUAAAUGAAAGAUUAAUCAAAGUAAAUGAUGAAAAUUAAAAAACAAUAUUGGAUUUAAUUUCUUUAAAAUCAGAUAUAGAAUCAAAAUUAAAAUAGCAAUUAUAAGAAAUGGAAACAAAUAAAACUACAAGUAGAAUAUUAGAAGAUUCAUUAAGAGAUACUUAAAAACUAAAUGAACAAUAUUUAAAUUAAAUGA